GACCCUGCCUGGCGCACAAGUGGUCCGCUGGUUCAUCUGGAGGAAUUUUGCGCACCACCUAAAACUCUUCACUGCGGGACGGACUGCGCGUCUUUGCGGCGUCACAAAAGUACACAAUUUCUUCACAUGAGAAUCCAGAGCGAACCGGACCCGAGAGUUGAUCCAACCCAUAACCUGACCUCAGCCUUGUCAAGUCGGUAGGGUAUGGCUGUGCGGUCCAGGACGGGAUACUACCGACAGGAGGUUAACAGAACUGUGUGGGAGGUUCCGGAGAGGUAUCGGGACCUAAAGCAAGUCGGGACGGGGGCCUAUGGCACUGUGUGUUCAGCAUGGGAUCGUCGGACAGGGUCGCAGGUGGCCAUCAAAAAACUCCACCGGCCCUUCCAGUCCAAACUCUUUGCCAAAAGAGCUUACAGAGAGCUACGACUCCUCAAACACAUGAAACAUGAAAAUGUGAUCGGACUGCUGGAUGUCUUCACUGCUGAAAUCUCAUUGGAUCGACUUCGUGACUUUUACCUGGUGAUGCCGUUCAUGGGCACCGACCUCGGCAAGCUGAUGAAGCUGGAGAGAUUAUCAGAGGACAGGGUGCAGUUCCUCGUCUAUCAGAUGCUGAAAGGACUCAAGUACAUCCACUCUGCAGGGAUCAUCCACAGGGACCUCAAACCUGGAAAUUUAGCCAUCAACCCGGACUGUGAGUUAAAGAUUCUUGACUUUGGCCUGGCGAGACAGGCUGACGCAGAGAUGACCGGCUACGUUGUGACACGCUGGUACAGAGCACCCGAAGUUAUUCUCAACUGGAUGCAUUACACACAAACUGUGGAUAUCUGGUCAGCUGGUUGUAUCAUGGCAGAGAUGCUGCUUGGAAAGCCGCUGUUCAAGGGAAACGAUCAUCUGGACCAGCUCAGAGAAAUCAUGAAGAUUACAGGAACCCCAGCUGCCGACUUUGUUAUUAAACUACAGAGCCAAGAUGCCAAAAACUACAUCAGAAGUCUGCCCAAAGUACCCAAAAAAGAUUUGCACACCCUUUUCUCCAAAGCUAGCUCAAAUGCAGUGUGCGUUUUGGAGAAGAUGCUGCUUCUGGACCCCGAGCAGAGGGUGAGCGCCUCGGAGGCACUCGACCUGCCUUUCUUCAGUGAGUUCAGAGAUACAGAGGAGGAGACUGAGGCGCAGCCAUACGAUCAGACCAUGGACAACACAGACCUGCCGCUGGACCAGUGGAAACGUCACACGUUCACAGAGAUACUGACGUUCAGGCCGCCCAGGGACUCCAGAGAGACGACACUUUAACAGGACGCUCACUCUUAUGCACAUCCACACAAACCUCUGCACACACACGUGCUGACACACAACUUUGCACAUGUUCAUGCACCAACCUAAACACACAAACCCCCAAAAAUGAUUUUUAUGUUUUUAUAAUAUGUUGUUUUUGUAUGUGUAGGGGAAAUAUGCAUGGCUAGUUUUGUUGGUUUUGUUUUGUUGUUGUUUUUU